AUGCAACCUCAUCAUCGAAGGCGAUCAUCUAAAUCUAUUCGAACAAACACACCUGUGAAUUAUGCAAGACGAAUGACAGUUCAUUUACCAGAGACUAUACCCGAUACUACUUAUCUCUAUGGUUACGCGUUACUAGGCGCGUCUUUUUUCUUUUUUACUUUUUCAGUCUAUUCUAUUGUGGCGAGCGAAUACAUGCCUGAUGUCCAUAUCAAGUUCCUGGAUUGGGUUAAAUAUGAUGACUAUUAUUGUCUUUUGAUCCCUAUUACAGCUAUUGUGUGGAUUUAUUGGGUUUUAUGGAAUUGGAUGGGCAUGAAGUUUUUUAGACAUAAUUAA